ACUUCCCUUGGUACCCAAAUGGCGGUUAUAGCCGGGUUUGAUACUUGAAAACGGGUUAUAUUUACCCAUCCCCCCUUAAUUACAAACUGAUUCACAAAACAAAUCCUUCUUCGUCCCUCUUCUUGAAAUCUGUUAUUCGUAUCAACAGCCUUGCAGGUUUGUUCUCUGAAAAAUCAUGGAGGAAGACCAAGAAAGGGAGAGAUUUGGAAUGGAGAACGAUUAUGAAGAUGGUCAGUGGAUUGGUGGUGAAUUUUAUGGGAAGCGCAAGGAAAAACGCCAUCAAAGCAAAGAUGAUGUUCUCUAUGGUAUAUUUGCUUCUGGUGAUAGUGAUAGUGAUUCUGAAGGUGGCUAUGGUAAGAAAAAACGGAGAAAAGGUUUGUCUAGGAAACAAGAUCUUACCAAGCCACUAAAUUUCGUUUCUAGUGGUGUUGUGAUGCCAAUUCAAGAAAUUGAUCAGAUUUCCAAAGCAGAAAAUGAAAGAGAGGAUCAAGAUGAUGGUCAACGACCUGGUUUAGGUCUAGGGGCAUCUGGUCCAGGGCUCGGUUUUAAUGGGUCUAAAGAAGCAGAUGUCGAUGACACUGAGAUUGACUUUCUUCCUACUGCGUUUGGCAAGAAGAUCAAAGAAGGUGCUCUUCAGAGGCGUCAGAAGGAACUAGAGAAAUUCAUGUUAAACAAAAAGUCGUCUCAAGUAAAAUUGGGAGGUAGAGAAGCAAAAGAUGAUGGAAAUGUAGGUGUUUUCGAAAAGCACACAAAAGGAAUCGGGCUGAAAUUACUUAUGAAAAUGGGAUAUGGAGGUGCUGGCUUAGGGAAAAAUGCACAAGGUAUUGUAGCUCCAAUUGAAGCGAAGUUGCGUCCCAAGCAAAUGGGAAUAGGGUUCAACGACUACAAAGAGGCAUCUAACAUUCCAGCAUUACAAGAACCAUUAGAAGAACAUAAGGGUCCGACUCAACCUCUUGGGAUUCAAUCGAAAGAGAAGACAUGGGCAAAGCAAGGUCGGUCAAAAAAGAAGAAGAAAGACUAUGUAACUGCAGAGGAGUUGCUGGUUAAGAAACAAGAACAGGGAUUUGAUGUAGUUCAGACAGUGCUUGAUAUGAGAGGCCCACAGGUUCGGGUUCUGACAAAUUUAGAGAAUUUGAAUGCUGAAGAGAAAUCAAGAGAGAAUAAUAUCCCAAUGCCUGAGCUACAACAUAAUGUGAGACUAAUACUUGAUAUGGCUGAACUUGAUAUACAGAAAAUCGACCAGGAUUUGAGAAAUGAAAGGGAGACGGUUGUCACUUUGCAGAAAGAGAGAGAAAAACUUGAAGUGGAUGCUAAUCGGCAAAAAAGGCAGCUUGAUAGUAUGGAAGAAAUUAUAAAUGUGCUAGAACGACUGGAUAAAGAGAGCCAUUUGGGAACAUUGACUCUUGAGUCGCUUGCUAAGUCAUUUGGGAACCUGCAAAAGCGAUUUCCUGAUGAGUACAAGCUAGGUAGCUUGUCUACGAUUGCAUGUUCAUUUGCUUUGCCUCUGUUCUUCAGAGAAUUUCAAGGGUGGGACCCGCUGAAAAACCCAGAAAACCACUUGAGUGUUUUAUCAUUUUGGAAAGAUUUGUUGCAUGGGGACGAGAUAUUUGAUUCUCCCUACACUCAGCUUUUCAUGGAAGUCGUUUUUCCGGCUGUAAGGAUAUCCAGUACCAACACGUGGCAAGCUAAACAGCCUGAACCAUUGCUGAAGUUUCUUGAUUGUUGGGAACAGUUACUACCUCCCUCGGCUCUUCAAACUAUACUUGACCACAUUGUCAUGCCAAAGUUAUCGGCUGCAGUUGACUCAUGGGACCCACGUCGGGAUACGGUCCCCAUACAUUUCUGGGUUCAUCCAUGGCUACCAUUACUGGGUCAAAAGCUUGAGACUCUGCAUCAUACUAUACGGGCCCGACUCGAAAGUGUUCUUCAUGCUUGGCAUCCAAGUGAUGUGUCGGCUUACACGAUAUUAUCACCUUGGAAACCUGUUUUUGAUCCGGGAAGCUGGGAACAGAUAAUGGUUCGGUUUAUCAUUCCCAAGCUGUUGGCUGUCAUGCAUGAAUUUCAAGUCAAUCCAGCUGACCAGAAGCUUGACCAGUUCUAUUGGGUCAUGAGAUGGGCUGAUGUCAUUCCUGCUCACCAUAUGAUUCAUAUAAUGGAUGUGUUCUUCAACAAAUGGCAACAAGUUUUGUAUCAAUGGUUAUGUUCAAAACCAAAUUUUCAGGAAGUUACGAAUUGGUUUUUGGGUUGGAAGGAUCUUAUUCCGGCCGAGCUGUUAUCUAAUGAACAUGUACGACUGCAGCUCAAUAACAGUCUAGAAAUGAUGAACCAGGCAGCUGAGGGUUUGGAGGUGGUUCAACCGGGUGUGAGAGAAAACAUUAGCUUCUUGAAAGCACGUGAACAGCGGCAGUUUGAAGCCCAGAGGGCAGCUGCUCAGGCUGCAAAGUUCCAGCAACGGGUUCCUGCAGGUUUUAAUGCAGCCCAAUUGGAUGAUAUGGGUAGUGGUGGUGACAUGAGCUUGAAAGAUGUAAUUGAAGUUCAUGCACAACAUAAUAAUUUGCUAUUUAAGCCCAAACCAGGAAGAAUGCAAGAUGGUCAUCAGGUAUACGGGUUUGGAAACAUUAGUAUUAUCAUCGACUCCUUAAAUCAGAAGGUGUUUGCUCAAGUUGAAGAUAGAUGGACUCUUGUAAGCCUUGAGCAGUUAGUGAAGCUGGAAAAGAACUCGAUAUUGAGAAGGCGAUAAGAUUUGAAGCUUUGAGGUGAUUUUAAAGCUAUGUUAGCUUAUCUUGAUAACCUUUUUGACAUUAAAGACUGUGUCAUAUUCUAUGAUAUUGUUUCACGCGAUUAUGAAUUUUGAUUUGAUAGGGUUGCCGGGUCAAAGCACAUUAUGCAAUUAUGUAUGAUGAAGUUAAGAUUUUUGACCUAAAUUUGUAGAACAAGAACUUGUAUGAACAAAAAGAUCUCCCUGUUUGUAUUUGGUAUUUUGGUGAGAUAUAAAACGAGUGAUGGGAUAAAGUACUA